ACCGACAAUCUUUGUUUUAUGUAGAAAUGUUUGGAAAUUAAUCCGUGUCGCAGUUUUCUCAGAGCCGAUGUUCUCCAAAACUUGGAUUUUGAGUUUACCUUGUGCAAAUAUUAACAUACGAUGGUAUCACCUGCACACUUUCGUGCUUUGAGCAGCAAUGCUUUGAGUUCUAAGAAGCGAGUGGUCGUUCUUGGAACGGGAUGGGCUAGUUACUCUUUUGUAAAGACGAUUGACAGGUCCAAGUUUGACGUAACAGUAGUCAGUCCGAGGAACUACUUCUUGUUCACGCCGCUCUUGGCCUCGACGACAGUGGGCACCUUGGAGUUCCGCUCCAUCAUUGAACCGAUUCGAAAUCUCGGAUUCAAGGAUGCCGGAAAUUUCCACUUAGCACAUGCUACAACUAUUGAUUCUGAAAAUAAGCUCGUAGAAUGCCGAAGCAGUGUGAAACAGAAUGUCAAAUACUCUUUGCCCUUUGAUAAAUUGGUACUAGGAGUAGGUUGUCUGUCCAAUACUUUUAACACUCCGGGAGUUCAGGAGAACGCGUUCUUUUUGAAGGAGAUCCAAGACGCACAAGCUAUUCGAAACAGGAUAGUUUCUAACUUCGAGUUAGCUUUGGAACCAGGCCUAAGUCACGAAGAAAAGAAAAGACUUCUACACAUUGUGAUAGUUGGUGGUGGUCCUACAGGAGUUGAAUUUGGAGCAGAGCUGUAUGACUUCCUCGUGCAAGACGUUGCAAGAUUGUACCAGUCUGAAAAGAAUUUAGUACGAGUUAGUUUAAUCGAGGCACAGAAAAUUUUGCCAGCAUUUGAUUCGAAGCUUCAAGCAUUCGCUGAAAAGAAACUGAAAAAGCGUGAACAGUAUUCUUUAUUACAAGAUCAAGUUAUUAAUGUCACCGAUGAGUUUGUUCAGUUGCAAUCAGGAAGUAAAAUAGAUUGUGGUCUGGUUGUUUGGAGCGCCGGACUUGCGCCCCGAGACAUCACCAAGGCAAUAGAUUGGGCUGAGAAAAAUAAAGCCGGACAAAUUGUAACUGAUAGAAAGUUGAAUGUCUUUCAAAAAAAUGCUACUCAAGUUAAUCCCGAUGUUUUUGCAAUUGGCGAUUGCGCUGAUGUUGUCAAGUUUUCGCUACCCUGUACAGCCCAAGUUGCAGAACGACAAGGCCGGCAUUUGGCAAAUGGGUUCAACUCAGGUCAAGUUACGGACUUCUCUUUUACGUCACUGGGAAUGUUGGCGUAUAUUGGUGGCUACCAAGGUUUGACCGAUAUUCCGAAAGUUAAGUUUGGAGGCUGGUUGUCCUGGUUUGUCUGGAGGUCCGCAUACCUGACCAGACUUGGAAGCUGGAGGCUGAGGCUGCAAGUGCCACUUGAUUGGACCAAAACAUUACUCUAUGGAAGGGAUACCUCUAAGUUAUAAAGAAUACUUGAUGUAAUCUAUUAAUCGAAAUGAGCUUACAACAUGGGCUUCUUAAAUGUUCAAUAAUUGUCAACUAGAUACUGUGCGUCAAUUAUAUUCCGCUAAA